GCUAGCUCGCUCGCCCGCCCGCCCUUCCGGCCUGCUCUGGCUGGCUCUCCCGACCCCUGACCUCUGACCUUUGACCCCUGACCCUUCGGCGAUGGCGGCCUCGGCGUCGGCGGCCUGGAACCGCGUGCGGAUCCCGAGCUCGGGGUCCAUCAGCACGGUGCCCGUCCGCGCCGGGACCGCUCACGCAGCAGCGAAGUGCCUGGCGUCCGUCAGCCGGGAGAGCGACCGCGUCCUGAAGGUCCUGAGCAGCCCAGCCUUGGAGGCGGAGAGCCUCCUGCUGCGGGCCGUGCUCUACAGCCACCACCACAGGAUGGGCCGGCACAAGCCCCACCUGGCCCUCAAGCAGGUUGAGCAGUGCUUGAAGCGUUUAGAGUCUAUGAGGUUGGUGAGCUCCAUCGGAGACCUGUCUGCGUUGUGCACCGAGGACAAUCCGUCCAGAAACGCGGCCGAGUGUAUCGUCCCCAGCCAGCCGGUGGUGGAACUGGCGCUGAUGAAGAUUCUGGGAGCCUGCAAGCUGGUUCUCCGCCUUCUCGACUGUUGCUGUAAAACAUUCCUACUGUUCGUUAAGCAUCUCUGCGUACGCGAAUUUCUCGUCUUAAACCUGGUGGUGGCCGGAUUGGUGAGCAGAUUAUGGGUGCUGUUCAGGGCCGUGUUGAAGAAGCUGACCUGGCUGUACGAGCCGCUGCUGGAGUUGCUUCUCAAGUCGUCCGAGGCCCGGCCCAUGCCGUACUUCCAGGACUUCCACUUCCCCCUGCGGAUCGCCGAGUUCCUCGGGCCGGCCUACGCCGAAGUGCUGAACCAACAGCCCCCAAGAGCCCUGGCCGGCAAGGGUGUGACGAGACUGCUGAAUAAGCUGUUUCCCGCUCAGCGGGGCUUGGCUACUCCCGGGGAGGAAGCGGAAGCGGGACCCAAAGUUCUCCCGAGGCCCGAGCCGGAGAAACAGGGGAGCCACGUGGAUCUCGGCCGGCCGGUGCCAGCGAGGGGGGCUUCGAGGGAGAAGUUAAUGAAACUUGACGUGAAGACUUUGUGCAGGCCACCGAAACCCAAGACGGCAGAGGUCCAGGUGCCUUCCCAAGUGGCUGACGAUAUUCCCCAGGAUAUACCGUUUAAGACCAAACGUCCUGCUUCCGACGCCCGAUCUACCAGAACUUCUUCAUCCGGCCAGUCAGCGAAGUCCUUGGGUGGCACGGCCCUGGUGUCGCGACUUCGAGAGGCCCAGUGUUUCGCGCAGCUGUCGGAAGUGCUCCGGACGGCCGUCGUCUGGUGCAGGAGCCAGAAGCGCCCAGCCGAGGCCGUCUUUCUGGGAAACAAGCUCCUGAAAAGCAACCGAUUAAAGCAUGUGGAAGCUCAGGGAUACAGCUUACCGAAGAAGUUGAACUGUAUGAAGACUUCUGUCUGCAACCGCCUCCUCCGGGCCUUAGGGAAGAAAGCUCCUAGGCGGCAGCAGAUGCCACCCAGUUCCCAGACUCCAUCCGAGCAGAGGCCGGGGAGCAUCCGGAGAAAGCCGGUCCGUGCCGUCUUAAAGGAAAUCCGGCCGGACCCCGAGCAGACCGAGAGUCCCGUCUCCGGCCCCUGCGUUGAGAGGAGCGUUUCGCCUGCCUCGGCUGAAAAAACCGAGUUCCCGCCCUUGCUCCGCCUCUGCGCGGGGAACGGAACUCCUAAAUCCUCCGCGUCAAGUGGGGCCAAGCAGACCUCUGCCGCGGCUUAUGCCAGCAGGGAGAGGGAUGACAUCGAUGAUAUCUUUUCGUCAAUCGGGCUCUGAUGAAGGAAGAGGAUGCUUCGGGAAGAAGGUGGGGUUGGGAGGUUCCCUCCCUCCUCCGCGAUCCUGUUGGGGCAGAGCCGGACUGCACCCUAGGAGUCCAAAACACUGACCUCUCAAAGGGAUGCCGAGGCCCAAAGCCCGGACCGGGCUGUGCCAAGCCGGCUUUGAUCGAACCCUGUCCCCCUGAAACCUUCGGGCAACUCCGGGCCUGUGGCAGGGAGACGGGGAUGGGGUGUCACCUAUGCCGUACCCUCGUAACACCCUCUGGGAUGUAUCCUCUGGGACCCGGGGGAGGAGGGGGGGGACAACACGGUGCCGCGGUUCUGCCACGGACUUGGACUGCGUUGGAGCCUGGGGCGAUAAAAACAACUAUGGUGUUUGAAAAGCCUUUUCUGCGUGCCCAACACGUUACUAAGCACGGGGGUAGAGGCGAUUUAAAUGUACUGAGCACAGUUCAAACAAGAGGUGGAACGGGGAUGCUUCUGCCUCCCUCGAGGGGCAGUUGGGAGGCCAAUUAAAGCGCUCAAAAUAUU